ACCAUUUUCACUGUCGUAUUUUCACUUUAAUAAUUUUUAAUUAUCGUUUUCCACUAAAAAAAUACUCUAAAUCAUCUGUUUGUUUGUUGCACAUCGAAAUAAACGCAGUAAUCAACAAAAGAGGUUGAGUGCGCAUGUGUUAAAAAACAGCAUGGUAAGGUAAUCUAUCCUAUUACCGACAGUAAUUCACGAGGCUACGUUACCUAAAGGAAGCUGAGCGGGGCUUGGGGAAGUGAAUCUUCAGUCGCCAUUUUGAUUUGUAGUUUGCGUUGUUUUUACUCCAUCGAAGAAAUUGUUAAAAAAAAAAAAAGUUAGAAUUAAUUAUUAUUAUGGCACCAAAACGAUCGAAGAAAGUUAAUGAUAAUAAAUACGUCUUAAUAUGGUGGAUUGUGGAGGGUACAAAAACAAUUACAGAGUUGUCAAAAAUACCCAAAACGAAGCGUGAAAAAAAUGUCAACAUCCAAAUUAGAUGGGAAGGAAGUGACGGAAAGCGAAAAAAUUAUUUUGCAAAAAUUAUUGAAUUUGGUGCUACGAUUGAACAGCUAGACCGAAUCAAGUUGGAUAAUAAAGGCAAUAUUUGUGAUGAGAAUACGAAAAUGUUAAGUGAAACUAUUGUACAACAAAAAAAAGUUAUAGAUGUUUCAAAAAAAAUAGAAAAACAAUUUGAGAAGAAAAACAAAAAUGAAACAGAAAAAGAAAUUGACAAACAAGCUCCUAUUUUCUCGAUUGAUGAUCCGUCAUUUUACACUAACCGCGACAAAAAAAUUAAGUUUAAAACAACGCAAAAAAACAAGACACGAGCUAUUGAAUAUGAUGACUCCAAGAUCCUACCUAACACAGCAUCCAUUAAAAAUAACAAUAGUUCAGUAAAUUUUGAUAUUGACAAAAGCGAUGAUGUUAAUACUCAAUAUGAAGCUCAAUUUUCUAUAACUGCUUGUGAAAAUCAGUAUUCAAGUCUAUCAAACGUCAAAAACUCAAUAAUUGAUGAGAUUGACUUACAAGUUCCAACAGAAAAUGGGUUAGGUUUAUCUUCUAUUUGGACUAACGACUAUUUCAGUAACUGGGCAGUUCCAAAUACUCCAGUUAUCGAGGAUUUUCGUUCUCUAGUUAAGGAAUCUAAUAUACCACCAGUUAUGUCAUCAGAUCUAUUAGAGUUAAAAAGUUCAAAUGAAGAUUGUACUAAUCCAUUGCUGUCAUAUUCUGAUCAAAUACAACUCAAUCGAAAAGAAAAUGCUGGCAUUUUCCGACCAUGGAGUUUGUCAUCCAAUAUUAGCACUACCUUUCACCCGAUUACGGAGAAUAAAUCUACCAAAGAAUUACAUUUGGAACCAUUAGUACUUGCUGAGAUUGACACGAGUGGAAAUAAAUCAAAUGUUUUUGAGAUCACAGAGAAGAAUUCGAAUAUUGGAUCGAUGGUUACUUUUCUAAAAAACGAAGUACGGGAAACAGAUGUAACUUUUAUCCAAAUGGUUGCAGCAGCCCUAACCCGGAUUUAUGAGUCGAAUGAACGUUACAAUAGACAUUCUUCUAAAGUUUUCGAAAUUCCUGAAUUUUAUACUCAGCCUGGAGAUGGUAUGAUUGAAAUAGCCAAAAACUCGAAAAUAUUCUUUCCAUUACAUGUAAAAAAUAGAAUUGAAAUGUCAUGUCAAGGAAACAAUGAUUGGGAGACCAUUGUCAAAUCACUCUUUUAGAAAUUUAUGGUGAUAAUAUUUCUAAUUAUUCAGCAAGGGGAACUCAUGCUAAUGGGCAUCGAAAAAUUGAUGAUAGGCUGUAUAAUUCUAUUUUUGACUGGAUAAAAGAAAAAGUUGGGCCAAAUAUUAUUAUCACGAGUAAAAUGUAUAAUAGUACAAUUAACAAAUUGUCUUAUAAUAAAAGGGCUAGUGUCACCAUAAAACCAAAGAAUUCCAGCGAUUCUUACCAACCAGAUAAGAGUAAGUUGUCUAAUUUCGAAAGAAAAUUCUUUACAUCUCUGUUAUUGUGUAUACGUUAAGAUUAAAACAACUAAUAAAAUUAAAUUAUUUAAUUUCGAAUUAUUUAGUUAGUGAAGAAGAUUUACUAUUUUUCAAUAAAAUUGUAAAAGUUGUUGAGGAAUCUUAUGAGAUUCAGAAGCGAGAAUUGUUGCCUCAAAGACAAACGCAUGAGAUAUCAGAUAAAUAUACUGAGCCCGCAAAAUCAAAAAUGAAAAUUAGUCCCAAUUACGAAAUUUACCUUUCAAAGGGCACUUAUGCUUAUAUAGAAAGAAAAAGUGAAAUCAUAAAAGGAAAUUACGAUUGGAAAACGUUGGUAAAAGAAACAUUACUUGAGAUAUACGGUGAUGAGUUGAGAAAGCGUUCCACAUUUUUACAAAUAUAAAUAAUGCUGUGAAGCGAGAAAGAAUAGGAGUUACGGUAAUU